AAAACCGUAGGCAGCGCUUCGCGUUCGCCUCUCGAAAACGAAUUUAUCUUUUGCACUUAUUUGAACGUUUGCUUUCCUUGCUUUCUGGUUCGGCAAGAACUCUAGCGAAUGGCAUCGUCAAGUUCGAACGUCGAGAAUCUUCACCCACAAAUCAUCAAAAAAGUUGUUAAAGAACUAACGAGUUUAUCAAGCGAUCCACCCGAAGGUAUUAAAGUUUUUACCAACGAGCAGGAUGUAACAGACAUUCAAGCAACAAUAGAAGGGCCAGCUGGAACGCCUUAUGAAGGGGGACUCUUUCGUGUAAAACUAGUGCUUGGGAAAGAUUUUCCUGCUGCGCCUCCUAAAGGAUUUUUCUUAACAAAAAUCUUCCACCCAAAUGUAGCUAGCAAUGGAGAAAUCUGUGUAAACACACUAAAAAAGGAUUGGAAACCAGAGCUUGGAGUAAAACAUAUCUUAUUGACUGUGAAAUGUCUUCUGAUAGUCCCAAAUCCUGAGUCAGCGUUGAAUGAAGAAGCUGGUAAGCUGUUAUUAGAGAAAUAUGAUGACUAUUCAAAGCGAGCACAGUGGUGGACGGAUAUCCAUGCCAAGCACAACCUUGCUAGUAAGGUGGAAAGUAUGGAAAAGGCUGAAACUGUAGAAGCUACACAAGGAAUAAAAAGGGCUAGCGACAAAGCCCUGGAUAAAAAGAAAAAAGACAAGAAGAGGGCUUUGAAAAGACUCUGACAGACCUCUUAGCAUCUAUUAAAAUGGCUGCAUAUAUCAAUAUUACAACAGAUUGAGUGUACAGUGUAAAUUUAUCUUAAGCUGCUAACAAAUUUAUAUCAAAGAUCACUCCAUGCCAAAGUAAAAGUACUGGUAUGUAAAGUGAAAUAAAUUGCUCUUUAUUGCCGCUGACAAAAGAAUAGGAAAUGCUGCAAAAAAUUUUUUUAUGUGUAACUAAGAUAUAUUGCUGUUAUAGUAAUAAUAAUUAUUAUUUUGCAUGUAGUUACUUUUUCCACUCUCCUCUGUCAAUAGAAGUACUUUAAUAUCUCAAUGCAAGGAAUGUUUCACAUUCACCGACUACCAACUAAACUGAUGUAAUGUUAAUUUGAUGUAUAAAUAUUAGUGAAAACACAUUCAAAUGGCUGUGAUGAGGAAGGUUACAAUCUUGUCAUAAUUAUGAGUAAAUGGCUCAUGAAUUUCUGU